AUGAGAAAAGUGCUGGUCUGCGGCGGUGAACCGGUCACGCUCGUGCUGCCCAUCGCAGCACUGUUGGCGGCUGUGGUCCGGAUGACUGCCGGACAUCUGCUCUGUCGGAGAGUGCGUGUGCUUGUGGUGGACGGGAAGGAAAAGGUGUGCGCGGCGAUGGCUGCCGUGUCGCGGCCGCGCCAGGACGCGUUCCCGCCUGACUUCCGGCUGUGCGAGCUGGCCGAUCCGUGCGAGCGACCGGCUGAGAGCGGUGCCAGAGAUAACGCCGCCAAGGGUCCCUCGCUCGGUCCCAGUGAGCCGGCGGGGGACUACCAGUCGGGGAUCGUGCCCGAGGAGGGCCGGGCAGAGUCGGGUGGCUUGGAGUGUCAGCGGUCGGAGUCGGUGACUGAGGUGGAGGGCGGUUCCGUCGCCGGCCCUGGAUGCCGUGACAGCCGUGACAGCGGCGGUAGACUGAGCAGGGCAAGGGAACAGAGCGAUGGCGACCUGAGAAAGAUAAAGACUAGCAUAGUAGGGGGAACGCAAGGUCGUACCAGCGUCCGCGACCGGAUAGCGCUGUUUUCCAGCCCGUCUGUGGAGACGCUGACGGCUCCCCGGGUCCGCCUAAUGUCGCAAAACUCCAUCGACAGCCAGAUAACCGGGGUCAGAUCUGAGCACGUGCGGGCCCAAGAGCGGUCCAAGUCCGAUCUGAAAUUGACCGGGAACGAGACGCAAAGGUCCCGAUCCCGAGACGACGUCACUAAGCGCAAGAAGAUCUCUGACCCAUCGGGCGCUAGGUUCGGCAGCCUGGGUAACAUGCACGUUCGGGGCAAGAGUGGGGACCUCUCCCCCAGCACGGAAUCCUGCUCCUCUCAACACUCUCUGCCCUUGCCGACAUCCCACUCGAGGGACUCCUCCACGGGGCGGUCCGAGUCCUCCGGCGACGGUGAUGUGGGCCCCAGUCCUCUCGCAGAGCGGUCUCAGAGCCUGCUCGAUCUGGGUCGGGUCGAGAAAAGGCACAGCUACGCCGGCAUGCAUAACAAGGGUUACGGUUUUCAUGGCGCCGUCUCGGAUCUUCCGCGCAAAACGUCCUUAAAUGCUAUCACAGAGGAGCGCAAGAAGAGCGUCUCCAAGCUUCGUGGUCUGGUCAUUCCUAGCAAAGUCGAUGGCGUCUCAAAGAAGGGCCCCGCCGAUAUGCCGGCCAUUAGAAGCCGAGAGCUGCCGGUGCUGGCUCGGUCCAAGUGUCGGCUGCAGAGUCCGGUGGCGUCGCCGAGGGCGAGGCGCUCCACCUCGGAGCGUCCCGAGCCCCGCCACCUCGCUUCGCCGCCCUGGAAGACCGACUCGGCAGCACCGCCCAUUUACUCGCCGGCGUUCAAGCGCAAAAACGUCUCGGUGUCACGCUCGCCGUCGCCGGGGAGCUCGGCUUUCCGCUCCGUGUCCUCGUCCUCCCGCCUGGGUGGCUCGUCUAUCGAGCUGUCGCGCGCGCCCUCCGACCCCAGCCCCUCCGGCCGCCGACACGACCCGCGCACUUCGCGGCCGCCGCAGGGCUCGACGCUGACGCUGGUCGACGAGCCGCUGGAGGAGGCGGCGUCGGAGCCGCGCAGCCGCGAGGGCAGCGUCGAGUUCGACCACCGCGCCAGCACGUCCACGCUGCACGGCUCGCCCGUCAAGGAGAUCGACGUUGAGGAGGAGUUUGUCGGCGCCGCACGGACUGAGGCGAAGAAGGAGGAGGUGGUGCUGGUUCAGACGACCGUCACCAAGUCCGUCUCCGCGAAGACGGCCGUCGUGCACGACCGGCUGGAGCGGGUCAGUGGCUCACCGCCCAAGAUCCAGGAGGACGGGGCGUGGCGGCGGUUCGCCUCGCCGACGGACUCCGGCGGCCAGAGCCCGGGCGCAGCGGAAGAGCUGCGCGACCUCUCCAAACUCCGUCAGUCCACCAAGCCCAGCGUGAAGUCGCUGAAGGAGCGCUGGCAGAUGCUGAGCGACGGUGGCGACGCGCCGAGCCCGGUCAGCCGUUCAUCGAGUGUGCGCUCUGAGCGGUCCGAGCUGACGCCUCGCGAGCCGGGCGGCUCGCCCGACCCGCCGGCCGCGCCGCCCGCCAAGGACGCGCCCACCAGCGUGCGAGACGUAGUCGACCGCAACUGGCCGAGCAUCGAGAGCGAGCGCGCCGACAUCGACCGGAAGCUGAGCACGCCCAGCUACGGCGAGGCGGCGGCCCAGUUGCGCGAGAGGCGCGGCCGUCCGUCCUCACGGCCCCAGAGCUGGGUCGAGAGCGAGCGCGAGCUGAAGCUGUUCGAAAUGGGCAGCAUGCUGGUCGGCAGCGCCGUCAGCACGUCCUCGAGCCAGGAGAACAUCAUGGACGCUCUGGACAGCACCAAGUCGCCGAGCGGCUCCACCAGUAGCCUGCUGGAGAUGCUGACGGCCAACCUGAAGCGGACAGCGCGCUCGCGGCACGUGCUGAGUGUGAGUGACCUUCGGAGGGCCUUCGAGCGCUCGGACGGCCGCGCCUGCCACAGCCACAUGACGCCACUAGACUCGAACGGCAGCGAAAGUCCGGCCGGCCCGACGGCAGCCGGCUCCAUGGUGUCACUGACCUCCACCAAGGACCACUACGGCAGCAUCACCUCGCUGGCCUCCUCCACCAGCCUCAUCUCGCCGCACGAGCUGCAGCAGCUGAUUGAGGAGGCUAACCAGAGCCUGGAGGAGGCCGGCACACCCUCCCACGAGAUCAUCGUGGCGGUGGUGCACCGCGAAAUGCUGGGUGGCAGCAUCGGCAUCACGCUGGCCGGCGGCGCCGACUACGAGAACAAGGAGAUCUCGGUCAACAAGGUGAUCACGGGCUCCGUGGCUGACCGAGACGGUCGGAUCAAGAAGGGGGACCGCGUCAUCUCCAUCAACGGCCGCUCCAUGAAGGGCACCACCCACCGUGAGGCGCUCAACACGCUCAAGGUAUGCCCGCAACCGGAGCGCCUCGGCGCAUUCCGUCUGCGGCCGUACCGGCCUGUUGCGCUGCACGCGGCGGGCCGCGGCAGAACUGUGCCCGUCCAUCCGCCGGCGGACAUGGAGUGCUUCUUCUGCCGCCGCCGGCUGCUCAGCCCCUCCUGGAGCGCGCCCGUCUACUAUUCAGAGGCCCCCCGUGCAGAGGUGGUACUGGUACUGUCCCGCUCGAGGUCAGUGACCCCGCUCGACCCGACACCGGACGAGGCGGGCUACCACCGACCGGCCGUGAUCAACACCUUCUCCAGCCGGCCGCCCAAGAUCCUGGAGAGCCCCAUGGACAGCAAGAGCUUAGCUUCCGCGCUGGCGUUCGAGGACGUGCCACGUGGACCGCCAUCCGUGGUCACCCUGCUGAAGGAGGGCGCCGGUGUCGGCUUCAGCCUCGAGGGCGGCAAGGACUCGCCGCUCGGCGACCGGCCGCUCAUCGCCAAGAAGAUCUUCACCGGCGGCGCUGCCGACAAGAGCGGCAAGUUGCACGUCGGGGAUGAGAUCCUGGCCAUCAACGAUCAGGACGUGACGCACAUGCCACGCAUCGAGGCCUGGAACUUCCUGAAGAAGCAGCCAGAGGGCGCGCUGCGGCUCACCAUACGCGAACAACUGGCGCAUGGCCAGGCGCCAGCGCCAUCUGCGACCCGGCCAGCCACUGUGCUGCCGUCUGGUGGAAGCGAACCGCAGCGUCGGCAGGCGGCGCCACCGACUGCGGGUCGCGUCGGCGGGUCGCGGCCUGUCAUCGCGGCUGUGACGCCGAAGGUGGCGCUGCAGUCGCCCGAGGUCGUGCUGCCGAAGGCCUGACCCCGUCUGUGAUCGCAGCGGGCGGACGGGCGCGCGGCCAGCGCGUGGUCCGAGCUGUGCCAGCGACAUAGUCCGGUCUCGCAGACGACCCACUGGAUUGACGCGGGACUCUCUCAGAGCCCUCGCGAACUCGUGUGAUCAGACGACCCACUGGAUUGACGCGGGACUUUCUCAGAGCUCUCGUGAACUCGUGUGAUCAGGGUAGGAACUGCUAGCGUAUCGCCAGCGCGCAACCCUCGAUGUCUAUUUUUAGCCUUUUGUAUACCAAUGCCCUGCGUAUUUGUGUAAAUCGCUAAAUUACCCCAAAUUGCUUUAUAGGUUUGUCUUGAGGCCCCUGAGUAUUGUUACGCAAAGGCUUGUGUACCUGGUAACCUUGCAAAGUGUCGCAAUAAUGCCACCCUGCCUUUGUGUUGUUGAUAGUGAUUAGCCUAAUCUAGGAGGAGGUUGCAUUUUUAGGGUGCUGGAAGCCAAAAAAUGAACUAAACUUCAGAGUUGGUGGUAGCCUGACCAUGACCGUUAGAUUGGCGACGGGAACCGCCUUUCCAUCACCAAUGGUGUCAUUAUUUCAGUCAAAACAAAUUUGCCGGUAACUGAUGAGGCUAAACCUGUUGUCUGACAAAGGAUCCUGCAUUGAGAUUGAGUGGUUUUUUAGUGCGACUAAACUUUUAAGACAUGUCGGAUGUGAACCCCAAAAGUCAUAUAUCCAUCAUGCAUAACAUGUAGUGUCAAAGUGGCUGGACAAUAAUAAAUCCAUGUUAUCAGCGCGCUUUGCAUUGGUUGCAGCAUUAUGCCGUUUCCUUCGCUGCGCUGUAAACCGUUGCCCCACGU